AUGAAUAAAGAUUCAAUAAUUAUAUUUAUUGACCCAAUUGAUAAUAAUCUCUUACAUCUUGAAGCAGCAAUUCUAGGACCAAUGUCAACACCAUAUGAGAACGGAAUUUAUUUACUUCAUAUAAAACUUUCUGAAGAGUAUCCUUAUCAACCACCUCAAUCAAUAAUAUUUAAACGAGCUACAAUGCAUCCAAAUAUUGAUGAAUAUGGUAAAUUUAUGUCCGAAUUAUUCAAAUUAGAAUCUUGGACACCAGCUAUGACAAUAAAAAACAUUUUAGAACAUGUAUGGGCACGUCUAGCAAUUCCAAAUGUUGAUUCAAAUGAAUGUGAUCCAGUACGAGCUCAAUCAUAUCGAACAAAUAGACAUCAAUUUGAAAUAGAUGCACGUGAAUGGUCGAUAAAAUAUGCAAAUGCAACAUAA